AUGGUCAAUACAGGCCGUCCCAGCCGUGGCUGCGAAACAUGUCGCCGGCGACGCGUCAAGUGCGAUCAGCGCCGUCCUGGUUGCUAUCGCUGUGAAAAGAUUCGUCAGUCAUGUUCUGGCUAUCGCAAUUUGGAGCAAGCAGAUUCAAUUUUUCGAGUCCAGACUCAAUUUUCAUAUGGCCCCCGCAGUUGGCAAAAGCCAUCUGCUCGCCAUCGAUCAAGGGCCGCUAAAUUGCCAUGUGUACCGGCAGAAGAUAGUCCGACCUUGGCCGUCUACACCCCCGGUGAAUCGUGGGACUUGCAUGUCAUACCGCUGAUCUUGAGUCAAUUUUCGUCAGUCGCACCAGGCGGAGGCGUGAGCCGUGUUUAUAGUUCACUUGAAUCCGCUUUCAAUCCUCUGCAUACAAUGGAGUCGGGAUCUUUACUAGACCUGGCUUCUCAUGCUGUAGGCUCCGCUUACUUGGCGAAUAAGACGCGUUCCCCAAAUUUCAAAGCCACACACCAGCGCCUAUAUGGUAAAGCUUUACGUGUUUUACAUGUGGUACUGCAGGAUCCAAAACUACAGAAACAAGACUCCACGCUGUUGGCCGUUUGGCUACUUUGUCUUUACGAGUUGAUGACAGGUAGCUCGAUUUCAGAUGAGUUAGGACCAGGCCCCUUGAGCUGGGAUAUUCACAGCAGAGCUCUCGAGUCAUUCUUGAAACUGAGAGGCUGCGACCAGUUUUCUUCCAAGACCGGUUGUCAGCUUUUUCAGCUGAUAUAUCAUACUAUUCAAAUCCGAUCAAUGCAAACAGGCUGUCAGCCUCCUCCAGAGGCAUUCCAGUGGUUUGAUAGCGUUAAGUCCUCGGGCUAUCUUUCGGAUACUAUAUUUGUCCCGUUGUUCUCUGACUGCGACAAGGCUGCACGAAUAUGUAGCAAUAUCCAAUAUCUAAUCCACCAAUUUUCUCUUCAAGGAGUUUCCGAGUUUGUACCAAGCAUUUUCGCAACUUGUAGCGAUUUAGAAGCGUCCAUGAAGGACCAUUUCAAGAAGGCUAUAGAGUAUUCAUCAACUGUCAUGACUCCGGAAUCCAUGGAGCAAGCCCUUAGAGUCAUAGCUGGUCUCCAAAUUCGCAACCACAUUGAUGCAUGCUUCCUUCGACUAGACCAAUGCUUAUUGAAUUUGCUGCACCAUGCUUCGAAGCAGUCUCAACAAGCAGUCGGUCAACUCGAAGAACUGGAGCAUCUACGAAAACUCACAAUUUUCAAGUCCCAGAAUAGAGCAGAACGAAUCCUAGAGGCCGUCCCACGUCUUUUGCCAGUCUCUCACUCCUGCCGUAUGGGAGGCAUUGGAAAUUGGGCGAACGCGCUGAGACUUAUAUGGCCACUUCGAUUAAUUUCGUCGUUUCCUGUUUUGCUUGACAGCCAACAGUCAGCGGCUAGCUCAGCUUUGGCAAGAAUUGCCUAUGAUGUGGGAAUUAUGCAGGCCGUUGGCAAGUAUCUCGUCGCAUAUGAGGAUUUUAUAAAUAUCACUCAGCCAACGCCCUCUUCCUAUGACGCUAGCUUUCCUCGACUUCCACAAGUCGAGCAGUCUUCGAAGUAUAUACCCGUAACAAACGACGUACCACAAUUACAAUUUUGA